AUGACAGUUCCCACUACUAAUCUUCUGGAUAAGUUUGUGAAGGCUCUUGAGAAGAAAUUGAUUGGGGUUUUGAAUACUAUGAGAUAUAAUGGGAAACCCAGAUUGGGGACUGUGAAGGAGGUUUUGAGAGUUACUAUUUAUGUGAAUAAGCAUUUGUGUGAUGUGAGCAUUUCAUCCAUUGUCAUUAAUAGUAGUGCAGAUGUUGUGACUAAUCUAGAUGUGAGUAGAGAAUUGUCUGAGCAAGCCAAGAGUAAAGACAAGACUUUGAAGAUCUAUGAUGGAAUGGUGCAUUCUUUGUUGUCUGGAAAGCCUAAUGAAAAUGUUGAGAUUGUUCGGUGUGAUAUAUUGUUAUGGUUGAAUGAUCGAUGCAAAUAA